AUGGAUCGCAACAGCUAUCGCAACAUGGGACAUCAUCACAUCAAACGAAGUCCAGAUUCGCUCUUCUGCAAUCGACUACCCAUGGGACUAACCAAUAGUCCAGACAUCCUUCAAGAAUGCAUGAUGGGUAUCAUGGACAGUCUUGAAUAUGCACGAAUAUACAUCGAUGAUUAUGUAUCACCCCCUGGUGCUGACAUCUAUCACUCAGACCUGGCCAGCAGAGCACCUUUAUACAAUCUCUGGUCAACAUUGUGCCACCGAAAUCUAGAUUUUGUCUACAAAUCACCAGCUUCUGUAGUAAACUUCCUUACUCUAACACGCCCUUACUUUCUAACCCAAGUUGAUGUUUAUGCCCACAUCCAAGGACAGAAAGAUGCUAUCAAAGCAGCCAACACUGACAAGUCUCAAGCUGCACAGGCGAAGGAGGCAUUCACGGACAAUUUGGCAGCUAAAUGGGAAGCGGAAUAUGUGGCGAUGGAGCAGGAAACUCAGCAGUUGGAUCUUGAAGAUGCUAAUCUUACCGCCGCCAGCAAGAUGGAGUUAGAAAUUUUCAAGGCGGGAAAGAUGGAAUUCCUGGGGCUUCUCGGAGCCCGCAUCGAUAAUCCAGCCUUGCUGCCAAGUACUGUGAAAAGGUGGCUCUCUGGAACCUGCGAAUUGCUCCUGGGGCUCAAGAGACUGCUGAUCAGGCUCAAAAUCAGCUGCGUCAAACCACAGGUACUGCUCCAGUGGACCCAGGCACCUUUCCGUCGCCUGGAAAAUGAGAUGGGACUGGAUUUAUCCACCCCCUGCGGGCACUGGUAG